AUGCAAUUGAAGACCAUGAAACGGCUUGAGCUGCCGCCCACGGCAGACAUGCAUGUGCAUCUGCGACAGGCUGAGCUCAUGGAGCUUGUGGCUCCCACUGUCCGACAGGGAGGAGUCGACACCGUCUUUGUCAUGCCGAACAUUCUUCAUCCAUCUGUCACCCCCGAUGUGAUUGCCAAGGCCGCCGCCGCCGGCAUCACCGGUGUCAAGAUGUAUCCCCAGGGUGUCACUACCAACUCUGAAAAUGGCGUUGCCAAUGUUGAGGCCUUCUACCCUACAUUUGCUGCCAUGGAAGAGAACGACAUGGGUAUGAUGUCCUUCCCCCAAUUCUUUGACUGGUGGCCACGAGACUUAUCAACGGCAGUACUGAACCUCCAUGGUGAGGUCUUGGAGUCUCUUGCUCCUGAAGGUACCACUCUCGAGGAAGCGUUCCUACCGACCCUCAAGAAGCUUUAUGAACGAUUUCCCCGUCUUCGAAUUAUCCUUGAACACUGCACCACUUCUGCAGCUGUUGAAGCGGUCAAGGCCUGCGGUCCUACUGUUGGCGCAACAAUCACGGCGCAUCACCUUUAUCUGACCGGAGCCGAUGCUUGCUGCGACCCGUUUGCCUUCUGCAAGCCUAUUCCCAAAAAGCCUACUGACAGAGAUGCCCUUCUAAAGGCUCUGGUCAGUGGUAAUCCCAAAUUCUUCUUCGGAAGUGAUAGCGCACCUCAUCAGAUGGUCUCCAAGACUUCUGCUGAGCAAGGCAAAGCUCCCGCGGGAGUCUUCACUCAACCAGUCGCGACUCAGCUCGUACUGAUGGCCUUGGAAGAAGGCGUUGAGCGUGGUGAUAUCAGUGAAGCUGACAUCACACAAGAGAAGUUGGAAGGGUUUCUUAGCCGGCAUGGACGACGCUUCUACAAACUUCCUGAGACUUCCGACAAGAAGAUCGUAUUGGAGAGAAAGGGAGAGAAAAUUGGUACCAGUGUGAAGAGUGCAGAUGGAAAAUCUGAAGUCGGAAUUUCUCGAGCGGGCAGUGAAAUUUUCUCCUUGGCUUGGGAAGCAGUCUGA